AUGCUGUCAAAGAAAAUGUGAGUCAAAAUUAAAUCUCUCCAAGAAUCCAAAAACAAUGAACAUUUCAGAAAACUCGUAAUAUUCUGUUGUUCACUUUUCGCCGCUUCAAUAAACACAAAAGAAAUUCUCAAAUUGAAUGAUGAUAAUUAUCAACAUGUUUUGGAGAAUAGCAAGGUUCGAGUCGUUUUCCAACAAAAAAAAUGAGAUAACUUUUUUUGCAGAUAACAUUUCUCGCUUUCACUGCCGAUUGGUGUCCAUUUUCCCAACAACUUUUGGGUGUUUUCAAGGAAUUUUCAAUAAAAUAUGGUGAUUUGUAUAGUGCUGCAAAUACACAAAUUGCAUUUGUUGAUUGUAUGGCACAGAAGGAGAUUUGCUUGAAAAAUGGAGUCAAUAAAUAUCCGACCAUGAAGGUUUUCUAUUUUGGAACAUUGUUGCAGGAAUAUCGGUGAGGAAUUGUUCAAGAUAUUUUUUAAAAAUUCCAAUUCAGAAUUUUUACACUGAAAAUAAUUGCAGCUCUGCUCGAAACGUCGAAGCUCUUCAUGAUUAUCUCGAUGGUGUUAUCAAAUCAAAACAAACCUUCAAUUAUCAAGAAAUAACAUCGGCUGAAAACUUCGACACAAUUUCCCACAUCAAAAUUUGGCAUCCACGAAAUUUCGCGGGAUUUGAAUCAUUAUUGGUAAUCUAUUUUCCAAAAAAUCUAGAAAAUUAAAAAUUUUCCAGAGAGCUGCUUCGGUGGCCGUUGGUAAUGUCAAAAUCCUGGUUCCAUUUGAUAACGAAAAUUUUGAGAAUGGACAGGAGAGUUUCAUCGAAUUUUGGGAUGGGGAAUUGAUCAGAAAGCGAUAUUCCGGUUCGCUUGAAAACUAUUCCGAAUUCUCGCAAUGGGUUCGAAAAGUCUCAUCAGGACAUGUUAUUGAAUUAACCUUCGAAAAUGCUGAAGAACUCGUUGAAGAAGGAAAACCAUUUUUGAUGCUUUUCCGAACCACUGAUGAAUAUGAUCGCAAAUUCAAAGAAGCGAUUCUUCGUGAAAUUGGAGAUGAUUAUAUCGACAAAGUCAAACCAUUAUUGGUCAACGCUUCAGUUAUGCAUUUUCCAAUGAUUCAAGCUGGAAAAACUCUAAAAGAUAUUCCAUUUCUUCUUAUCGAUCAAUUUAUGCAUUUGUAUAGUGCUCCAUUUUCAAAGCAAGACAUUUUUGAGGCGGGAAGAAUUCGAAAAUUCGUUGAAGAUUUGUUGAGCGAUAAAUUGCAUAAACGUGCGCAUGGAAUUGAAGUGAAAGAAGAAAUUGGAACUCAACAAGAAACAUCAACAACUUCAAAUGCCGAGAUGGAGAAGAUCGAGAAAACUGAAAGUGCUUUCAAGAAAUUGGAACCAGCUAAGAAUCGCUAUUCAUUUGCAAAACAAGAAUUGUAA